AUGUGUUCAAUCAUGGCGAUUUGUUGUGGAUUUUGGGAAUAUAAUGUUGGUUCUAAAUUUCGAGUUUAUUUAUCUUGGGAUAGUAUUAUUUCAUCAGAUUUACGUACUGGUGCUCUUCAAAUGGGUGCACUGGUCUUUUUUUCCUAUAUUAUUUUAUUAAAUACUCUAGUACCAAUAUCACUUUAUAUUAGUAUUGAAUUUAUUCGUCUUUUACAAUCAAAAUGGAUCGAUUGGGAUAACAAUAUGUAUUAUGAGCCAAAUAAUGUACAAGCUCAAGCACGUACAGCAUCACUUAAUGAAGAAUUAGGUCAAGUCGAACAUAUCUUCUCAGAUAAAACAGGAACAUUAACGCAGAAUAUGAUGACAUUCAAGAAAUGUUCUAUUCAAGGUACAUUAUAUGGAGAUAUACCCAAUGAAAAUGAAUACAAUAAACAAACGACUGAUGAAUUACGAGCAAUUAAAUUUGAAGAACAAGAUAAUACUUUUGUUUGGUAUGACAAAACACUCAUUGACAUUAUCAAGAAAAAUGAAGACAAGAAUGUAAAUCAUUUCUUUACACUUUUGGCAUUAUGUCAUACAGUUAUGACUGAAGAAAAAAAUGAUAAAAUUACCUAUCAAGCUCAAUCACCGGAUGAAAACGCAUUAGUAACAGCUGCACGCAUGUUUGGUUUCGUUUUUCUUAGUCGUACUCAGAGUAGUAUCAAAGUACGUUUUCGAAAUAAAAUCGAAACCUAUGAUUUAUUAAAUAUUCUCGAUUUUAAUAAUUAUAGAAAGCGUAUGUCGGUUAUAGUGAGAAAACGUGGACAUAUUAUUUUGUACUGUAAAGGUGCCGAUUCAACAGUCAAGGAAAGAUUAGAUCCAUCAGAAGAAAAAAUGAUGGCACAAACAGAUGAUCAUUUACAUCAAGUAGCUAGUGAAGGUCUUCGUACAUUAUGUUUGGCAUGGAAGGAAUUAACUGAAAGCGAUUAUCAGACAUGGGCGAAAAAGUUAAAAGGAGCAAACACCAGUAUGCAAAACCGUGAAGAACAAAUCGAUGCAUUAUAUGAAGAAAUUGAAACAAAUAUGAGAUUACUUGGCAUGACUGCAAUAGAAGAUAAACUUCAAGAUGGUGUACCUCAAUGUAUAGAAAGAUUAACAGACGCUGGAAUCAAAAUUUGGAUGUUAACUGGUGAUAAAACUGAAACUGCGGAGAAUAUUGGUUUUUCUUGUCGACUUUUAACAAAUGAUAUGAUAAUAAAAAGAAUCGAUGUUGAAACAAAAGAAGAUGCAAUUGUUGCGUUAGAUAAAUUUCGUAUUGAAUUAAUCGAAAAAAUUGAACAAUUAUUUAGUAUUCGUAUUGAUGAUAGAAAUAGAAGACUUACGUGGAAUAAUUUAGGCAUUGAUGAACAUAAAUUCAAUAGAAAUACAGAUAAUCAAGUUAAUAUACAAAAUUUUCAAGGCUUUAGUUUAAUAAUAACAGGAACAGCAUUAAUUCAUACAUUAUCAGAUGAAUUAAAAAUGAAAUUUCUCGAACUUUCUGCUAUGUGUAAAACAGUUAUUUGUUGCCGAGUGACACCUUUACAAAAGUCACAAGUGGUUGAUUUAGUUAUUAAAUAUGAUAAAAUAAUUGCAUUAGCUAUUGGAGAUGGGGCUAAUGAUGUUUCUAUGAUACAAAAAGCACAUAUUGGUGUUGGAAUUAGUGGACAAGAAGGUCGACAAGCAGUUUUAGCAAGUGAUUAUAGUAUUGGUCAAUUUAGAUAUCUUGAAAGAUUAUUACUCGUUCAUGGCCGAUGGUCGUACAUACGUAUAUCAAAGUUUUUAAGUUAUUUUUUCUAUAAAAAUUUUGCAUUUACAUUUUGUCAAUUUUGGUUUGCUUUGUACUGCGGUUUUUCAGCUCAAACCAUAUUUGAUGCAUUCUUUGUCACUUGUUAUAAUAUAUUUUUUACAACUUGUCCGGUUUUGGUAUUAGGCGUUCUUGAUCAAGAUGUAAGCGCAAAUCAUUCGAUCAGUAGACCUUAUUUGUACAUAGUUGGUCAAAAAGAUAAAUUAUUUAAUAGAAAAGUAUUCGUCGAAUGUGCCGUACGUGGUCUUAUAACAUCAUGCGUAAUUUUCUUCUUUUCUUACUUAUGUCUAUUACCAAGCAGUCAAUCGUCUGGAAUAACACUAUCUGAUUCUCAAUCAUUUGGUUUUAUGGUAGCAACUAUUCUAGUAAUUGUUGUUAACUUAGAGAAUGCUCUUGAAAUGUGGUAUUGGACAGGCAUCUAUAUUUUUAUUUUAUUGGGUACAAUAGCACUUCAUUUCUUGUUUCACUUCAUUAUGUAUUCGACAAUGUUACGUGUAACCUUCAAAAUAAACUAUCCUUAUGUUGGUAUUUUUCAAAUGACAUUGAAAAGUGGAACUUUUUGGUUUACUCUUCUACUUAUUUGUACCAUUCUUCUUUUACCUAUUAUCGCACGAGAAUUUUUUCGUAUACGUUUUAUGCCGAAUGAUAUUGACAAAGCUCGAUUAAUUCAAAAAACUGGUAUUUACCAAAAGCAAGUUGUUAAAAAUCAAGCCGAUCAAAACUUACGGCAACGAACUCUAUCAAUUAGAUCUACAGGCUCGGGUUAUGCAUUCUCGCAACAAAAAGGAUGGGGUCCAUUGAUAACUUCUGGUACAUUGCGAACAAAGUCAGCAACAAAUUCACAUGCUCGACAAGAUCAUGAUGACUAA